AUGAAACGACUGGAAAAGAAAAAGAUUAAAAAUCCAAAACAUAAAAAGAAAUCUAUAAUAAAACCUAAAAAAGAGAAAGUUCUAGUUGUGGCUCAGGAAUUUAAAUUUGCGCGUCUGCUUUCUGGAAACGAGAAAAAAACUAGAGAUCGUGUUUUAAAAACAUUGAAAAAAUGGCUUUUGAACUGUUUUGAGAAAGGAUAUGAGUUCAAGGAAGAUGAUUUCAUCCGAGUAUGGAAAGGUUUGUUUUAUGCCGUGUGGAUGUCUGACAAGCCUCUGGUGCAGGAAGAACUAUGUGACAAUAUAUCGUCGAUCCUGGACCUGUUCCCCGUUGAACAGAUACACCACGCUGUACUGAUGAUGAAGGCGGGCUUCAGAGUGUUGGCCACGGAGUGGUACGGACUGGAUCAACACAGAAUGGACAAGUUCCUUAUGCUGGUCCGACGUUACCUGCGGGGCGGCUGGCGCUGUCUGAAGAGAAACGACUGGAGCCUGGACUCGUGCCAGAGAUUUGUGGACAUGAUGACGGGGCAGGACGGUCUGUUUGCGGUCAAGACUCCUUCCUUCGCGAGGAACUCCCUCUCCCUCAUGCUGCACAUCAUCGAUUGUUACCUUGAGGAGCUGUCCAAGAUAUCGGAAGGUUCCCUUCCCCCCGCCAGCCUCGCGUCACUCCUCCAGCCGUUCACCCUCCACGUGAGGAGUGACACCCCUCUCAGUGUACCCUCCAGGAGGCUCCUCACACAACUCAUCACACAGACGGAUUUGGGCUUGGAGUACGAACAGAAGACUCGGGCUUGGAAGAAGAUGGGUUGUCCUCCUGGAGGACCGGAUGCUUUGGAGCUGAUGGAAGAUGAUGAACAAGAUGAUGAUGAAGAAGAAGAGGUUCAGGAUGACGGGCCACGUGUAUUAGAUCCUCGCGCGGGUCGUGUGAGUGUGUUUCUGUCUCCGCUGCCUGUACCCGCGGCCGAGCUGGCCGAACAGUUGAGGGGAGCCGCGACCUCACACCGCGCCAGGAGACGAGCGGAGAUAUGUGCUGAGAGGUUCUUAGCUCUGUCAUCAUCAGAGUAUCCUCUGAAGGUGCCCGACGAAGACAUACCGGAAGCCGUCCCUAAGGGCGUGUCCCCUGGCAGGGCAGCCAAGAGUCUGGCGAGGCUGGAGAGAAGACUAAAAGGGACGACCGACGAACUGGCUCUCAAGGCCAUGAGUAAGAAACAACGGAAGAAGUUACUGGCGAAGGCGCGAGCUGGUCUGAGUAUAGUGGAGGAUGUGACGUCAGAGAACAGGGAAGGAGAGUGGCUGGUAGAGGAGACAGGAGAUACAGAAGAUAACAAGGACGAGGACAAAGAAAACACGAAGAAGAAGAAUAGAAAGAGAAAGAUGAAGAACGACCGAGAAGAAGGAAACAAGAAACAGAGAGUGACCGGAGAUGACGUCACAGAGACGAGCAGAGGUAGCGAUAAGGAGAAUAGAAGCUUAGAAGUUAAGAAAAAGAAACGAGAUAAAACAAAGAUUAAGACGAAAAAAGAUAAUGAAAGAAAAGUCAGUGUAAGUGACGGAAGUAAGGCGGUGAAUAGUAAUAAUAGUAAAAAAAUAAAUAAAGAAAAUAAAACAAAAACACAAAAAGAUGGAAUACAAAACAAAGUAAUGGUUCAGAGUAUAGCGAGUGAUGAUAAGAACGAAAAGAUAAAUAAAGAAAAUAAGAGAAAUGAGGAGAGUGAGAGAGUUACACCGAGUAAGAUGAAGAACUAUCAAAAAGCGACUCAGGCUAAGAAGGAGAGUCCCAAAAAAGUGAGAUUGGAGACGCCCAAGAGAGUGAAGUUUGUGUUGAAAAAGAAUAGUAUGCAGCUACCCGUGGAGUAUUAUAAGAGUGUUGAGAGGAGCCCCGACAUACCCUACGACGGAAACAGACGACCAGCUAAGACUAACUUGAAGCCCUCCACACCCUCACCCAUCAACCCGUUCUUUAAGAAAUACAAGAUGAAGAUCAAGUGA